CUAGCGCCUUUCCCUUGUUCUACAAGUGAAACGCUCCGCGCCUUCUCUCUUGGAUCAAAAAAAGAGUUCCGCACCCGGACUUUUUCCAUACGAAAAAUGAGAAUGCCGAACAAAGACACUUCUCCGAGGGACAUGGUUGGGUGCAGCCCAUGUCUUUCUUGGUUGAAGGAGUCAAGGAUAGGACGGGUCCGUAUACUGACUGUCAUCUGUGAGUACGCGAAGUUCGACUGUUCGCGUUCUCUUUUUUUUCCGGUAUGCCGCUCCGCGAGCAAGGAGCGCCGCGAGCAGAGCGAGAGAACGAAGUGUUUUGUGAUGUCGGAAUUUGCACCUAUUUUGAUCUAUUUAGUGAUCAGUCUGCUAGUUUCUUUGAUCCCGCUCGGUCUUCCUUUUCCAUUUGCUUCCAAUAGUUCGACCUAUCCAGAAAAAUUGUCGGCCCACGAAUGUGGUUCCGAUCCCUCCGGUGAUGCCAGAAGUCGUUUCGAUAUACGAUUUUAUCCGGUUUCUAUUUUCUUUAUUAUCCCUGAUCCGGAAGUCACCUUUUCUUCUCCUUGGGCAGUACCUCCCAACAAGAUUGAUCCGUUUGGAUCUUGGUCCAUGAUG